AAGAGGGCAUCCAGCCUGCGCCGAAGGAAGGCGUCGCCAAUGCCCCUCCCCCCACCGUCCUUCACUUAGGUCGAGGGUCCGGCGAUCGUAUUGAAGAGUUUAUGUUUUUUCAUUCUCGUGGAGUAGGUUUUAAGGAGUUUGCCUGCCGCAGAGUUGCUUUGCUCGUCGCUUCUUCUGGCGAUUCCGCCUUCCACGGCCAGUGCAUGCGCAUAGGAGCUGGGGAAGUUAGCUUGUCCGGAGGGUUGCAUAGCUUUCUUUUGAGUGUACCCAAUGCAUCCUCCUCUUACUUUGCACAAGCACCCAGCGUGUGCUGAGCUGAUUGUGAAUUUCAAGAAAUGUCAUGAGGACCACCCUUUCCUGAAGUUCUUUGGAGCGUGCAACGACCUGAAAAUUCAAUUGGACAAGUGCUUUCGAGAAGAGAAGCAAAUGAAACGGAAGGCGAAUUUCGAGGCAAGCAAGCAGUUCAAGGAGAAGCUUAAAGCUAGCAAAGCCGCAAAGGUCGCCUCCGAGUCCACCACGCCUGCCUCUGCAUAAUCGUGGGGUCGAGUGCAGCUACUUGGUUAUCAGAUAUCGUGUUAUCAGAGUUGUCAUACCACAACAAGAUUGUUAUAGAUGGAGUCUGUGCCAUCAGAUGCAAAUGAUGUCACGAACUGGGAGAAACUGCCUGAUAUUCCCGAGACCGAAGCUGCAGUGCUGGAGACCCCUUCCGCAACUGGUUGGGAAGCACGGAUUAAUAAUAGGAAACCUCGCAUUAUUCUGGCAGCUAGUGGGAGUGUAGCUGCAAUCAAAUUUGGCAUCCUUGCAGACAGCUUAUCAGAUUGGGCCGAAGUAAGAGCAGUAGCAACGAAACCUUCUUUGCAUUUCGUUGACAAGAAAGGCUUGCCAGCAACCGUGAAGUUGUAUACAGACGAAGACGAGUGGUCUAGCU